AUGCGGAAAGUCCAUGGUCUUGAGCAGGUGGAGAAUUUUUUUAGCAGCAUUUCUGAACGAUUGAAAGGUUUUCAGGUUCAUGUUGCUCUUCCCAACUGCUAUGCCCAUGAAAAUUCUGUGGAGAAAGCAGAGGUUCUUAUGCAGAAGAUGAGAGAAAUGGAUAUUGGUGAAAAAGAUGAGAUCUACCGUAUCUGGAAUCGUUACAAGGAAAUGGGCAUAAUCUAUAACAAGGGGUAUAAAACCCUGAUAAGUGCACUUUUGAAGCUUGAUCAAGUUGAAGGUGCUGAGAAGAUUUUUGAGGAGUGGCAUUCCAAAAAGCUGUCCUAUGAUACCCGUAUUCCUAAAUUACUAAUCGAUGUGUAUUCCCAAAAAGGUCUUCUAGAUAAUCAAAUUCCUAAGGCAAUGGAAGCAAUGAAGAAAGCUAUCUCAGUGUGCCUACCUGGAGCUGGAAGGAAGCCUAGCAAAGAGACUUUGGCUGCCUGCUUAAAAUAUUUGGAAGGGAAAGGAGACAUCGAAUGA